AAAAGCCCAUAUUGAAAUGCUCAACCCAGCACAAAGCAAACAAACAGGCACAAGUUAGGCCAGUGGCGGGAAAGUCGAUGGGCACAUGCAUUUUGAUCUUUCACCCAUGGUGACCUGAGAACUUCAUUUUCUGCCCCAAAUUCAAUUCAAAAUUUAACCAAAACCAACGCCGCUCGUCAUGAAACUCGCAAGACCCAUUAGGCGCCACUUCAGCACCUCCACAGCCAGCCAAAAAUCAGAGCGUGUGGCCAACAACAGACCAAUCUCCUUGACUCAAAUCAAAGAGCUUCAUGCACACCUUAUCAGAACCCAGCUCCACAAAGACCCGUCUUCGGUCUCAGAGGUUAUUAGAUAUUACGCACUAUCUCCUCUGUUUUUGGAGAAAGCCCUUUUAGUCUUCAAUCAAAUUGAGCAACCCACAUUGUUGAUUUGGAACCAUAUGAUCCGUGGACUAUCACAGAGUGGCCAAUUCAGUGAAGCAAUUCACGCGUAUAACCGUAUGUAUCGCCAAGGAUUGGCUGGGAAUCAUUUGACCUUUAUAUUCAUUUUCAAGGCUUGUGCUCGAGCUCCUGAUGUUGUACAUGGCCAAACGGUCCAUGCCCAUGCACUGAAACUUGGCUUUGAACCGUAUCUUUUUGUUUCGAAUGCCUUAAUUCACAUGUAUGCAUCUUGUGGUUAUUUGGGUUUUGCUCAGAAAGUGUUUGAUGGAAUGCGGGAAAGAGAUUUGGUCUCUUGGAAUUCUUUGAUAUGUGGAUAUAGUCAGUGCAACAGGUUUGAGAAUGUUUUGGGUCUUUUUAAGGCAAUGCAGGCAGCGAAUGUGAGGGCUGAUGCGGUCACAAUGAUGAAAGUUAUUUUGGCGUGUAAUUACUUGGGUGAAUGGGAAAUUGCAGACUCUAUGGUUAACUAUGUUGAAGAAAAUCAUGUUGACAUUGAUGUUUACUUGGGAAACACUAUGAUAGAUAUGUAUGGACGUCGUGGUUUGGUGAAUUUGGCUCGGGAAGUAUUUGAUCGGAUGCAUGAAAGAAACAUAGUUUCAUGGAAUUCCAUGAUCAAGGGAUAUGCAAAAGCGGGAAACUUUGUCAGUGCAAGAAAGCUUUUCAAUGAGAUGCCGAAGAGAAAUGUGGUCUCUUGGACUUCCAUGAUCACUGGUUACUCUCAAGCCAACCAACAUGCUGAGGCGGUGAGCCUUUUUGAAGAAAUGACGGGAGCUAAUGUGAGAGCAGAUGAAAUAACGGUGGCUAGUGUGCUUUCUGCUUGUGCGCAUGUGGGUUCGCUUGAUGUGGGAGAGGCUAUCCACCUCUACAUAAGGAAGCAUGGUGUGAAAGUAGAUAUCUAUGUAGGAAAUUCUUUGAUAGACAUGUAUUGCAAAUGUGGGGUGGCUGAGAAGGCAUUGGAGGUGUUUCAAUGGAUGGAAGAGAAAGACUCUGUGUCAUGGACUUCGGUAAUUUCAGGCCUUGCUGUGAAUGGUUUUGCAGAUUCUGCACUUGAACUCUUCUCGCGGAUGUUGAGAGAUGGUAUUCGACCAACUCAUGGAACGUUCGUCGGGAUUCUAUUAGCUUGCGCUCAUGCUGGAUUGGUAGAAAAAGGAUUGGAAUAUUUUGAAAGCAUGGAAAAGAUUCAUGGACUAAUGCCAGAAAUGAAACACUAUGGAUGUGUUGUGGAUCUGUUGAGCCGCUCUGGAGAGGUAGACAAGGCCUAUGAGUUCAUACAAAAUAUGCCUAUUGUUCCCGACGUUGUAGUGUGGAGGAUAUUGCUGAGUGCUUGUAAGGUUCAUGGAAAUGUGGCCCUAGCAGAAGUUGUCGGAAACAAGCUUCUUGAAUUGAAUCCUUCUAACAGCGGGAAUUAUGUUCUCUCAUCAAAUACUUAUGCAGCUUCAGAUAGAUGGGAAGAUGUUAUAAGAAUAAGAGAACUGAUGGAUGAGAGCAAUGUGCAGAAGCCAUUUGGCCGUAGUUCCAUUGAAAUAAAUGGCAAAUUGUCAAAUAACUCUCAGGAGCCAGGGCUCACUUGUAAGAAGAAUCGAUGAAUCUAUCUCAAAUUGAUCUUGGCAGACCAAUUCUUUUAGUGCGUGGGCUUAUAAAAUUGAACAGUAAGAAUUGCUCAUGUGACCCAGCUGGUCUUGGAACAGAGAGGACAAGUUGUGAUGCAUAGGAAGCAAUCAUCAUCUCAGUCUCAGAUGAAAAAUGGGCUGCUUCUAGAAUUGGGGUAAACCUUAAAACCUUCUGAUGAGAUGCAAGCUUUGCUGAUGUACAGAUCACCAUUAUAUACCUCUGUAACCUAGUAAAAUACACUGAAAAGAUUCACGACAAGAGGAGAUUCGAAUUUGGGAUCUUUUCAAUUCUGAAAAAAAAA